AUGUCCAUCGCUCUAAUCCAAGGCAGUUCCGGAUCCCUAGGCACCCAUUUCGUCCAACAUCUCCUGUGCACCACCUCCCUCCAAGUCAUCGCAACCUCUCGCAACCCUUCCUCAACCCGUUCGCACAUCCUCUCCAAAGUGGCAGGCCUCCAAGCUAAUAAAGUUGAAGAUCGUCUGACAGUUUUAGAGAUGGAUGUGACGAAGGAGGAUACGAUUGAGAAAGCUGCGAAAGAUGUGGAGGGGAAAUUCGGGAAGGGGAGUUUGAGGAUGUUGUUGAAUGUUUCCGGGGUGGUCAGUCCUUUUUUUCUCUUUUCUUUUCACGAGGACUUGGUCGGAGCUUUUCGAGAAGGAUUGAAGGGCUCAUGUUGAUGCAAUAUCUUUUUACGAAACUCGUGUUGGGAACAGCUCCAUGCGGAUAAGAGUAUCACCCAAGUCAAGCAGGACGAAUUGUUGCAUCAUUAUCAGGUUCGUCGUUGGACCCCCCUAUCUCUCACGUAAAAAAUCGCUUCUCGACCAAGACCUGUCCGUACUAAUCCGAGCCUUUCCUCUUCGCGUCCCCACAUCAGAUCAACACCUUUGGUCACCUCUUAACCUACAAACACUUCAUGCCGUUACUACCCAAGAAAUCGGACGUCAAGAAGGCGCUCGAAUCGAACGAGGAGGAUCCGGCCAAAGGAGCGGUACCGAAGGGUCUAUCCGUUUUGGCGAGUUUGACCGCGAGAGUGGGGAGUAUCGGAGACAAUGCGAAGGGAGGGUAAGUGGACGUGAAUGUGGGCUUAUGGGAGAAUAUUUUUCGCUGCUUCGUGUCAGGAUUCCCGUUCACAAUGACUGAACCACUCGUUCACAUUCAUUCACCCAUAGAUGGGUAGGUUACCGAUCCUCCAAAGCCGCAACGAAUCAAAUCAUCAUGACCCUCCAACGCGAACUUCAAUUACGAGCCACACCCUCCAUCGCAAUCUCCCUUCACCCCGGGACGGUCGUAGGUACGAACCUUUCGAAGGAUUUUACGAAUGAGGAAGAUGCGGGCAAGAAGGAAGGCGUUUUUACGGCGGAGGAUUCGACGAGGAGGUUGUUGGACGUUAUAAAGGGCUUGAAGAAGGGCGAUGGGGGCAGGUUCUUGGACUGGAAGGGGGAGGAUAUCGUUUGGUAG